AUGACGCCCGGUGACCUGGGUCCGCUCACAGAAGACUAUGGACAACUGUAUUUGCCAUCUCAGCUUCCAUGUGGCGUCAAUGCAGUGUCUGUGCUUGGAGAUUCCAAUAUCACCUCGGGUGUCACUCUUGUCCAUGCUACGAAAUCACUGCCCAUGCAUUACGGGUACCACCAACAUUCGACUAGUAACACAAAUGAUGUAUUAGCCCCCCCACUCAUGCAACACGAUUCCACACCGGUUACUCAACCACGGCUCUUCCUUCCACUACCACCGACGGUCGUCCCAAGCUCAAUGGAAACACGUGGGGAAAACACUCAAGCUGCGCAGAAGCGUCGAUCACGUAGAGUGUCCCAGAUUCCCGAGUCCUCGCCUGACUAA